GUGGCAGCACCACCACCUGUUGCCCCAGUGUAGAUACAUUUUGUGGCGCGAAUCCGGAGCCAUAUGGCAGCCUAACUAGGUGGUAUCUGUUGUGUUCAAUUAGGCAAAAAAAAAAAAACGAGCGCUCGUCAUGUCGGAGAAGUCCCGAUCGGAGUCGCAGUCGCAAAGCCAGACGGCUGCCCAGCUAAAUGCCACCGGCAGACGCAGCUCCACUCCGUCCGGGGCCAACGGCUCCUCCAACCGCUGCCUGAUUGCCGUGAUUGUCUACCUGGCUCUGCUGCUAGAUAACAUGCUGCUCACCGUAAUUGUGCCCAUCCUGCCGGAUUACUUGGCCAGCCUGGAGCUGGAUACCCCGUCGCCGGUGAUGGUGCUCAGUCUGGAGGAGACAUCCUCCAAGCUCGCCUAUCGCGGCGGCGAAUCCCCCAACCACGGCGCUGGCCAUCCCCAGCUGUACAUCUCCAAACAUCCCAUUCCGGGCAAAUCAAUGGUCAAUUUCACCCUGUUCCAGCUGUCAACUGAAGCCACCACCACGCCUGGCAUCGCAUCGACCCCGAGCCAUUCGGGCGGCACUAAUGUGACCGGAGCAGGCACCAGGAGCAGGAAGCUACUGGCACCCGGCAAUCCGCCCACCCACAACAACAACAAGGAGCUGACCUUGACGCAGGAGAAUGGGUCCAUCGGCCUGCUGUUGGCCAUGAAGGCCUUCGUCCAAUUAGUUUUCAAUCCAAUUGUCGGCAACGCAUCCGGCAAGUUCGGAUACCGCCUGCCCAUUGUGGUGGGCACCUUCUUCCUGCUCAUCUCCUCGCUGGUGUUCGCCGUUGGGGAGUCCUACUGGGCACUUUUGGUGGCCCGAGCGGUUCAGGGCGUGGGCUCCGCCUGCAUCAACAUCUGCGGCAUGAGCCUGGUGGCCCAGCAUUAUCCGGAGGAGGCGCGUCGCUCCAAGGUGAUGGGCAUCAUCCUGGGCAGCAUCGCACUGGGCGUGCUGCUCGGCUAUCCCUUCGGCGGAAUUCUGUAUGACCUGAUGGGAAAGUCGGCGCCGUUCAUCAUUCUGUCCACGCUGAUAUUCCUCAGCCUGGGCCUCCAGCUGCUGACCAUGGAUCUGUCCGUGCAGCCGGAGGUGGUGGUGGAGGAAACUCCCAAAUGGCGACCCCUGCUCGAGUGCAAAAUGAUCCUGGCCAUUGUGCUGGCCAUUUGGUUCUCCACCUCGACAAUGGCCAUGCUGGAGCCCUGCCUGCCCAUCUGGCUCAUCCAGUAUCUGAAGCCGAACAAGUGGCAGCUGGGCACCGUUUUCAUCCCGGACUCUGUGGGCUACUUUGUGGGCACCAACUUCUUCGGCAGCGUGGCCUAUAAAUAUGGACAGGUUAAGGUGUCCUGCAUCAGUCUCCUGCUCGUGGGAGUGGCCUCAAUUCUGAUACCCAGUGCGACAACGGUUGCCCAACUAUUGAUGCCCCACUUUGCCCUAGGACUUGGCAUAGGUGUGAUUGAUGCGGCAUUGGUUCCUCUGCUGGCCACCUUCGUGGAUGCCACACUUUCGCAAGAGGAGCAGAGCGAGGGCAGCAGCUCCAUGUCCAGCUACGGCACUGUCUAUGCCAUUCAACAGACAUCGGUUAGCCUGGCAUAUUGCUUGGCCCCUCUGAUUGGUGGUGAGCUGGCCCAGAGCUUCGGUUUUUCUUGGCUCAUGAGGAUUGUCGGCGUUUUCAAUAUGAUCUAUGGCCCCAUUCUGGUUUACUUGUAUCAGAAAUACGAUCCAAAGGCCCUGAGGGAGCAACACAAUGAUAUGCUGCUUCAGAGCAGCGGACGGGGAUCUCGAUAUAAACAGUUGUACAACUCAAUGGAUGUGGAAUAAAGAAAUCUGUCCAGAUUUUCACUGCGUCUGAAGCAACCUUGAGUGUCCAAAUUAGGCGUUCCUUGGCUCAUUAAAGCAAUAUAUUUGGAGCUGAUUUUUGUAAACCUUUUAUUCCCCUAAGUCCAGAAUCUCCUAUAAUUAAAUUCUCUGUCAAAUGUUUCCAAGUAACUUAGGUAUAUAUGAUCCAAUUUUCCGAUUAAAAAUUAUUAAAGUAA